AUAACUUGCAUGAGUCAAAUGAGACUCUAGAAAACAUUGAACAAAUCAAUAAAGAAUCUUCACUACAAGAAAAUUUGAAACUACCAGAACUAGAUGAUGCAAAAGAUGAUGCACAUAUGGCCUUAGAAGAGACUGAUCCUACUAUUAACAGAAACUCCAACUCCUAG